UGUUGAAAAGCGGUGUAUUGGUAAGGCUCGGUCAGGGUUUGUAUUAUCGUACAAAAUAAAUUAACUUUUUUGUUUUAAUUUAUUGGAAUAUGAGCAAAAUGCAAAAGUACACCGACUUAACUAUGUAUUUAUUAGCUAUCCGGUCACUGUGCUAGCUAGCUCUGGAUAGUUCAUAAUCUAUCCAAGAUGGAGUCCCGGAAGCAGAAGAAAGUUUGGCGCUAUGUGGAAGGAGGCAGUCUGCUGAAGCUGAAGUCGUAUCUGCGGAAACACAGAGAUGUGGAGGUGAAUUUCACUCGGGGGAAGAGGAGGAGAGGUGUGCUGCAUGUGGUCUGCUCUCAUGGAGACGACGCGCUGCUCAGGCUGCUGUUAAAACAUGGAGCUGAUCCGCUUCUGAAGGACCGGAACGGGGACACGGCGCUGCACCUGGCCGCCAGGAAAGCACUGAAACACGGCAGAACAGACUAUGAUGAUCUGGUAGUUCCUUUGCGUGAACACUGUCCUGCUGCACUGAACGUCCCGAACAACGCUGGAGUCACUCCUCAUGAGCUGCUUCAGGGCCUGAGCUUUAAACAGAAGUGGAGUCUCGGAGCAGAUGCUCCUCCUUGGUCUGAUCCUGAGCAGGAGUGGAGGGAGAAGCUCAUGGGGGAAAGCCAUGAUGAGUUUUUCGAAACCUUUGGAAAAUAUGAUGAUGAUUUCCUGAGAGAUGAAGACGUGGAAGACUUCGGUGACUGGACUGAUCAAAUCAGGAGGGAGUAUGAGGCCAAACAACAGGCCACAGCGAGAGCGAAAAGGAAGCGGAGACGACAAAAUGAGGACGAGGAGGAGCGGCAGCGUAGAGAGCUGCACGCCCGGCUGGAGAAGGAGCACAGGGAAUAUCUGGAACGUGCCUCUCGGAAAAAAGACGAGACUCAGCGGGAGAAGAAGAGGCGCUACAAGGAGCGCUGUGACACAGUCUUCCUCGGCUCCUCCUCCAGCGGCGUCCUAGGAUAUGAUGACAUCCCAUGGCCCGCGCCACGCGGCUCUGUCGACGAUAUGGUUACCGUCAUCCUGCAUGGUGUGGACCGAUCCGACACAGACGCUUUCCGGAAGUUUCUGCGGCGCCAGCAGGCUCUCUGGCACCCUGAUAAGUUCGCUCAGCGCUGCGGUGGCCGGCUACAGGACAGAGACAGGCAAAGGAUUGUGGGUACAGUCACGGCUCUCUCCCAGGAGCUGAACAGACUGGCUCAGAGUCUCCGGUGACGCUACAGUCAGAAACCGGAGUCCUGAAAUUUGUCGCUGUGUUAUAACAUAGUAAUUAUUUUACACGUCCAGUGUGGAAUUUCAACCCGAUUGGCUGCAGGCAGUCAAAUAUUAUUUAAUAAACUAUAAAUAUAAAUAA